AUGGAUUUAGCAAAGUCGUUGUUUAGUUCACGAGACCAUGUAGGCUACGUCGGCCGAGAAGAUCAUGAACGUAAAAUAAGUUCAGCGUUAGGGGACGACGACCCAGAAGAUGUAAUCGAUGCUAUUCGGGGAUUAAACAUCGCCGAUGAGUUGCUUCCAGCACCUGGAGGACCUUUUUCAGCCUUGACACCUAGCAUGGUGCCUCAAGAUAUUAUGGCCAAAUUAGCACAGCCUGAAUCUGAAGGUCAAGGCGGUCUUCCAGAUUACCGAUUUGACGAGUUUGGUUUUUGUGUUGAAGAUGAAGAAGAAUCUGAAAUAUCUGAUAAAUUAUUAAACAGUGCUGUCCAAGAAGACGAUCAACAUCGCCUUCAAUGGGAGUUUUAUAGUAAAGAAAUAAGUUUUACCGAAAGUGAAAGUAAAUUCGAGAAAACUGAUAAAAUAUUGAAAAUGGUUAAGGAUGGUGUACCUCAUACGUUACGUCCACAGGUGUGGAUGCAUCUUUGUGGUGCUAAUAAAAAAAGAGCAACUACAGAAAUUACAUAUCAUGAAAUAGUAAGGGCUUCUAGUGAUGAUAGAUUAGUCACCAGUAAGCAAAUUGAGAAAGAUUUGGUUCAAAUUUUACCUAACAAUGUUUGCUUUUCCCACCCAACUAGUACUGGAGUUCCAAGACUGCGCCGCAUUCUCCGGGCAUUGGCUUGGUUAUAUCCGGACAUUGGUUAUUGUCAAGGUACAGGAAUGAUUGCUGCUUCCCUUUUGCUUCUAAUGGAAGAAGAGGAAGCAUUUUGGAUUAUGUGUACCACUGUUGAGGAUAUUUUGCCCGCUUCUUACUAUUCUUCUACAUUAAUUGGUAUACAAGCUGACCAAAAGGUUUUGAGAAGUUUAAUAUCAACAUAUCUUCCAGGCAUUGAUCAAGUUCUCAAUGCACAUGAUAUAGAGCUUUCUCUUAUAACCAUGCAUUGGUUUUUAACUUUAUAUGCUAAUGUGGUCCAUAUUAAAAUUUUGUUAAGAAUUUGGGACCUUUUCUUUUUGGAAGGAUCCAUAGUGCUUUUUAAAGUAACUUUAGCUAUGUUAAAGAUAAAGGAAAAAAGGUUUACAGAGAUAUCUAACUCUGCUCAAAUAUUCAAUGCUUUGUCUGACAUACCUGGUGAGAUUGAUGAUGUAGAUUUACUUAUUAAGACCAUUGAUGAAGUUUGUGGAGAUACAUUGAGCCCUGCUUUAAUAGAAACACACAGAAGACGACACCUGGCAUACCUUAUGGCUGAUCAAGGUGCUUUAGUCGGGAACCCCAGUGCAGUUCGUAACCUUCCUAAACAACAGCUACAAAGACGGCAGAUUAAGAGAAGCAAAUCUGUUAUUCAAACGAUAUUAUUUGGUGAUGAUAGUAACAAUGAAGAUGCAGUAUCUAAAAACGUAAAGCAGACAGAAAUCCUUGUAGAUCUUAGGGAAGCUAUUUUACAAGUUGCUCGUCAUUUCUUAGCCUUAGAACCACAAUUGCAAUCUGAAGUUCAGUUAACAGCUGAUUAUACAAUGCAAAGUCAUGCUGCUGAUCGGCAAAGAUAUGUAAAUGUUUCAAGAAGUAAAAGGAGAAGGGCAAAAGCACUCCUUGACUUUGAAAGAAGGGAUGGAGAUGAAUUGGGUUUUAGGAAGAAUGACGUUAUAGAGGUAAUAAGCUCUAGGGAUGAAUACUGCUGGAUUGGAGAGCUUAAUGGUUUACGAGGCUGGUUCCCUGCCAGAUUUGUGAAACUAUUAGAUGAAAAGGGUGUUAAAUACAGUAGAGCUGGUGAUGACUCUGUUACUGAAAAAGCUGCACAUUUAGUAAGAGGUGUCCUAGCUCCAGCAUUCAAAAGAGUAUUAUUGCAUGGAAUAAAAAAGCCCAGCUUCUUAGAUGGACCUUGUCACCCUUGGCUUUUCAUUGAAGAGGCUUCAUCAAGAGAAGUAGAAAAAGAUUUUAAUUCUGUAUACAGUCGCUUAGUGUUAUGCAAAACCUACCGUUUGGAUGAAGAUGGGAAGGUUCUUACACCAGAAGAAUUGUUGUAUAGAUGCGUUCAGGCAAUUAACUUAUCCCAUGACAAUGCCCAUGCACAAAUGGAUGUGAAGCUGCGCACUCUAAUAUGUAUGGGACUAAAUGAAGAAGCAUUGCACUUAUGGUUAGAAGUACUUUGCUCUUGUGUAGAUGUAGUCCAAAAAUGGUACCAUCCAUGGUCUUUUAUCAAUUCACCAGGUUGGGUACAAAUAAAAUGUGAGCUCAGGUUACUCUCACAGUUUGGUUUUAAUCUGAACCCAGAUUGGGAGCUUCCCUUAAAAAAAGAUACACAGAACCAGCCACUGAAAGAAGGUGUAAGAGAUAUGUUAGUUAAACAUCACUUGUUUUCAUGGGAUUUGUAA